GCUCGGCUCCUCCGCCCCAGGCCAUAGCUGCUCCCAGCCUGGGCCGCUACUUAACACCGCCCCCAGCUCUGCGCGGAAGGGCUCUCGAAUCGUAAACGCGAACGUGGAGCUCAAUUUCUGAUCUGCUUCUAACUGCUUCCCGUGGCUACAGAAGGAAGAGGCGGAGUGUAAGGCUAUCCCCCAGGCUUGCGCUAAUACUACAGCUGAACAGUGCAGCCUCCUGGGUUUCAGAAGGUGUCCUCAAACUUCUCCAACAUCUAGCAUUUUAGUCCGACUGUCCCGGCGGCUCGGAGACCAAGCUACAGCCAAUAUGAUGGAUGACGACACGGAGCUGAGGACUGACGGCAACUCCCUUUUAAAGGCUGUGUGGCUGGGGCGGCUACGGCUGACCAGACUCCUGCUGGAAGGGGGCGCCUACAUCAACGAGAGCAAUGACAAAGGAGAGACGGCACUCAUGGUGGCGUGCAUCACCAAGCACGCGGACCAGCAGAGCAUCAGCAAGUCCAAGAUGGUGAAGUACCUGCUGGACAACAGGGCAGACCCCAACAUCCAGGACAAGUCGGGCAAGACCGCGCUCAUCCACGCCUGCAUCCGGAGGGCCGGCGGGGACGUGGUCUCCUUGCUCCUGGAGAAUGGAGCUGACCCCAGCCUCGAGGACCGCACUGGGGCUUCCGCGCUGGUGUAUGCGAUCAAUGCGGACGAUAAGGAUGCGCUGAGACACCUCCUCGAUGCCUGCAAGGCCAAAGGGAAGGAGGUGAUUAUUAUAACCACGGAUAAAUCGUCCUCAGGCACCAAAACCACCAAACAGUAUCUUAAUGUCCCUCCUUCACCCAAAGUGGAAGACAGACAGUCACCUCCCCUGUGUACGUCUCCCUCUGACAUCGAGCUGAAGGCCCCGGGCCUGGGCUGUCCGCCUAGUGAGAAGGAAGAUGACUUCUUCAGCCUCCAGACAGGGCAUGCAAGUGGUGGCGGUGCCUCCAAAGUUCCGAAUGAGCCCGUAUCACCCACCAGGAAAGUCGGGAAUCUCAAAAGGGCCCGUUUGCCCCAACUGAAGAGGCUGCAGUCUGAACCCUGGGGCCUGAUCGCUCCCUCUGUGCUGGCAGCCUCGGCGCGCCAGGACGAGACCCACGGCACCAGCACCGACAAGAGCCUCGGUGACGUGUCCUUCCCCAAAAGGGGGCCCCUGUCCAGAACCAACAGUAUCGACGGCAAAGACCUGGCUCUCUUCCCCACGGUUGCCGAGCAGGUCCUCAAGAUUCCAGCCUCUUCGGCACCAGCCUCCUGGAAAGCAGCCUAUGAGAAAGGUCAGGCUCCCCACCCGCGCCUGGCCAGAAGGGGAACUCUCCCUGUGGACCAAGAGAAGGGCAUUGUGGGUCCACCAGGACCCUCUUCUCUCAAGGAACCAGCGGCCCUCAAAUGGCUAGAAAAUGACCUCUACGAUUUGGAUUUACAGCCAGGGACUGACCCGCCCGGUACCAUUUCCCUAGAAUCCGGCAAAGGACCCUUAGACAGAAAGAAACUCAACAGCUCCCAUCUGUCUCUCUUCCAUGGCUCCCGAGAGUCCCUGGAUGCAGCCGCCAACACAUCCCCCAGCUCAGCACGCCGCAGGCCACCGCACCUUCUAGAAAGACGAGGAUCUGGAACUCUGCUCCUAGACCGCAUUUCUCAGACCAGGCCUGGCUUCCUUCCACCUUUAAAUGUGAAUUUGAACCCACCAAUCCCGGACAUUCGAUCUAGCAGCAAACCGUCUUCCCCACUGGCCAGUGGCUUAAAGUCUAUGGUCCCCGUGGCUCCAAGUUCACCGAAGAGAGUUGACAUGAGAAGUAAGAAGAAGCUCCUCAGAAGGCACUCCAUGCAAAUCGAGCAGAUGAAGCAGCUGUCCGACUUCGAAGAAAUCAUGACCUAGAAGAUUUUAGGAAGCUCCCCCCACCCCCCAAAUCUGUAUAAUUUAUGGAGGGGCACCGUCAUCGAGACCAGUACAGCCAUGUGGAUUGGCCACCUCCCUAAUGUCACUGUGCGGCCACAUCAGAAGGUGCAGAUGCAGGGUGCCGCUCCACUCCCGAAAUAAACCCAGGCGUUAUUUCAGAAUGUUCUUUCUGAAAUAAUCCCUGGGUUUUUAUAGGCCUGUUUGAAAAAAGCUUGGGAUAAUUGGGUUUUGGAGAUGAAAUUAAAAAAAAAAAUUCUCCAAAGGAAGAAAAGUUUUGGAGUUUGAAGGUAACAGCGAUCUAGUCUGUGGGUACCAGUUAUGUUCUAUCCAACAAACAGAAAGCGAGAAUCUAAAAUCACAAGGUGGCAUGGCGAGUGUGUCAUUUGUAAUAAAUCUAUGAAGUGCCUACAAAGAAAUGAGGAUUGGACAUUUGUGAGAAUAUGGAGAAAUUCAAAACCACCCCUUAGGCUGCUCAGUCUGGGUAUCCGGGUUCUCCGAUGUGAGAUUUCCCAUGGAGGAGGUUCUGCCAUGUGCCCUGUUGAGCAUGGCAGCUCUCCGGUAACACACUCUGUUCACAUACUAAUUGGGGUGUGCUCUGGGUCCCCACAUAGCACACCUACCUGGACCCCAGAUUCUGAUGUGUCACACAGCUGGUGCCUUAGAGAUGAAACUUUCCCCAGAGCCCUAACCGAGGCUCUGUACUGAAAUCUUGUGAAAACAUACAAAGUGAAUUAACUUGGCCUUGAACAUAACACAGUUUGUAGAAUAGACCUGUAAGGAACAUUUCCUCCUCCUCCUCCUCCUCCUCCUCCUCCUCCUCCUC